UCGAUUUGUCGCAGCGUUACCAAUACUUUGUGCGUCGCAAAAGAAAAAUAAGAAAUAUUGCAUAAAAUAGCUAUGGAAAGCACGCAAUCACAUGUAACAAUAACAAAUAGUGCAGCAUCUGCAAGUGUUCAAACCACCAUGGCGCCUGUAGUUGCUUCGCACGCAGUAGACGUCCCUGCCACUGUCAGUGUGUCAUCGACAUCUGUCAACACUUGCGCAGCCCCAGCAACACCAACAAUAUCGACUGCAACAACAACAACGCCUUCGAGUAAAACUCCUAUUCACAAUUUGCCGAUAGAGUUGCUACAAAACGACGCAGCAAAACGUCGAAGUUCCUCGCGUACAAUCAAACGAAAACGCUUCGACGACGAAAUUGUGGAAUACAAUCUUACAAUACCAACGAGUCGCGGCGGUGCUGAUGCUAACCGCUCCAAUCGACCGCGCACAACUUCGCAAAACCUUCCUGGAAUUGUGACGACAUCAACUUUACUGCAAUCGCCCUCUCCAACAGUAGUUGCUGUUACAGCAACAGAAACGCCUCAGACUCCAGGUGCAGCAGUGGAAACCUUACCUGGCACCCCGACUUUAGUCACUGCUGCAACUCCUGCGACGCCUUUAACGCCAGCAGCGCCCACGUUGCCGGUGCCCACAAUUAGCACUCCCGUGCAGCAACCGCAACCAAAGCCAAAACCUGUUAUGGAGCGUGCUCCAGCCACUGAACGUCGUCCGCGGCCCUCGCGUCCAGCAAGCAACAAAAAGCCUCGACGCAAUGGCCGUCCGCUAGCACAGAUGGCUACCAAGGAUUUGGGUCGCUGGAAGCCAAUUGAUGACCUGGCGCUUGUUAUUGGCAUACAGCAAACAAAUGAUCUACGCAUGAUUCAUCGCGGCGUAAAGUUCUCCUGCAAAUUUACCCUGCAGGAGCUGCAGCAGCGCUGGUAUGCCCUGCUGUACGAACCAGCCGUGUCGCGGAUUGCGGUGUCCGCCAUGCGUAAUCUGCAUCCAGAGAUGGUGGAGUCUGUACAGCGCAAGGCGCUUUACAGCGUGCAGGAGGAAGACCUACUGGGAACCAUUAAGAGUACGGAGACGCCAAAACUGGAGCAGUUCCAGGAGUUGCUUGAUAAGAACGCCGGCAUUUUCUAUUGUGCACGUACUUCUAAAUCGUUGCAUAAUCACUGGCUGCUGCUUAAGCAGUACUGCCUGCUGCCGGAUCAAACGGUCAAGCCGCUGCAGGGUUCGGAUCAGCCACUCAGCUUUUCAGAUGCAGAGGAUCAGCUUUUUGAUCAGGAUUUGCACGAGCCGCGCGAUGAGGCACUGGAAAUGGAAUUGACGCUGGCCGACCGCCGCAACAAGCGCGAUAUACGUCUGCUGGAGAACGAGCUGUCACGUUGGGGUGUGCUGGUUGAUUCAGUUUUGGGACCCACGGCGGCCAGCGAAUUUGAUAAUCAAACGCUGGCCUGCCUUUGCGGACGCCUGGUGCGUUAUCUAAUGCGCUCCAAGGAGAUAACAUUUGGUCGUGAGGCCAAGGAGUGCGGUGUGGACGUUGAUCUGUCCUUGGAGGGACCCGCUGCAAAGAUUUCGCGUCGCCAAGGCACCAUUAAGAUGCGCAGUAAUGGCGACUUUUUCAUUGCCAAUGAAGGCAAGCGCGCUAUCUUCAUUGAUGGCAUUCCGCUGCUGAAUGGAAACAAGACACGACUGGCCCACAAUUGCACUGUGGAAAUCUCCGGACUGCGCUUUACAUUUCUGGUGAACUAUGAGCUAAUCAAUGCCAUACGACAGGAGAGCGCCAAGACAUCGAAUCAUUUAAAUUAAGCAUAGCCUAGUGUACAUUUUAAACAACAGCAGCUGUCCCUCGCAAGGUAGGUCGCUGUUAUGUAUUUCUAUUCUUAAUCUCCAAUAAGAAACAAGUUCUGGAAUUAUAUGACAUAAACAAUGGCAUAAACGAGUACUUACCGCCCACUUGAAUGGCAAAGUCAAUGUGCUCACACGCCUUCUAUCGAGCGGAAGCAAGCAAAAAGUUCGCAAUUAAGCAAGACGCCCAAACAAUACCCUACCUAACGACAUAUUCACUUUUUUCUCAUUUCUGAUGUGUAUAUAUUCCGAUGCUAAUAUAAUAUCUUUUAUAAAGGUGAAAUAUAGAUAAAAGGGUCUGGCCAAAUUUGGACAUCUUGCUGCUUGAUAUUUUUAGAGCAGGAAAUAUGUCUUAAAUGGCUAAAAGGGAUUUGUUGUGGCUAAGUGCAAAUGAAGUAUAAAGGCUGAACUUGGCUUCUCCAAUCCAAAAACAUUAUAAAUAUUCUUGGUCGGCAUCAAAAGCGCAUUCUCCAUGACGCAUGACAUCAUAAGAGAAAUACCAUAUCGCAGCUUACUGAGGGUGUAUUCUUGUUUGUGUUUUUGUUUUUGAUGUAUGUAUGUACGAGAGGAAGUUGGGAACAGGGUAUAUCCUAAUCGGGCACUCCCGACUUGAAAACAUUUACAUCUUUUUGUGCAAAUAUAUGUAACAGGCAGAAAGUAUAUGUAUUCUUGAUAAGCAUCAAUUUUCGUGUCAUUUUAGCUAUGUCCGUCUGUCCACUCGUCCAUCUAUCCGUCCGUUCGUC